AUGUCUGAUUCACUCAUGGAUGCAGAGGUAGAAUGGGUUAAGUUACAACCUGUGCUCCGCGAUUCUGGCUAUAUGCUACGCCCCAGGUAUCAUCCAUCGUGGAAACCAUCGUGGCAAAAGCGUCGGAACUUUUACAAAUCCAUGAAAGAUUGUGAAGAUUCAAUUGUACUAGAGACUCCUGCACAGAGGCACAACGUUAUAGAUGCUGUUCGUGUUAAAGAUGGCCUCAAAGUCGUGAUAAAGAGGUCGACUUUUGAGCAUGACAACAUAUCGCUGCUACAGCAUCUAAACUCGGAUGAGAUGCGCGCAGAUCCUCGCAAUAAUGCAGUCCCUCUUCUGGAAGUGAUAUCUGUUCCGAUAUCCGACAAGGACAAUGAUUCAAUGCACAUAGUGCUUCUUGUUAUGCCCCUUCUUGCUCCAUUGGUGUCUGGUUACAUUCCAUUUCGACAUUUUAGAGAGGUUACACACGCUCUUAACCAAAUUUUUCAGGGAGUUGAGUUUCUACAUGACAAUGGCAUAGCUCAUCGGCAAAUGCCCAGGGAUGCAUGUAUGCUCAAUUUUAUGAUGGACCCGACUGACGUGAUACCUGGAGGCUUCCAUCAUUCAAAACAGUACGCAAAACCGGAUGGCAAAACCUCCAUCGAUAUCAGAGAUCGCUGCACAGUGCCAACGAUCAAGUAUUAUAUUAUUGACUUCGAAACUGCUUCAUACUUUCCACCGAACAGUCUGUGUAUUGGCCGCUAUGGUCAGGAAAAGGCGGCCCCCGAAUUCUCGAAUACUAUACCUUUUGACCCUUUCAAACUUGACGUAUACCAACUUGGGAUGCUGGUACAUAGGUUGAUACAGAGAUACGAUGGCCUGGAACUUCUUGUUCCCCUCCGUGACUCGAUGACCCAGAAAGAACCCAAGUUAAGACCCAACGUUUCACAGGCUCUUAAGAUGCUGUAUAAAAUCAUAUCGUCACUGGAUGAAGACAGUCUUUCUCAGGAUCUCCGGCAGCGAGAUAUAUUCUAUGAACUAAUAAGUGAAUUUAAAAGAGUACCCACUACAAAGGAGUCAGUAGCGCAACCGGAGACAUUACCCCUUCAAAAAAAAACACUGCAUCCUCAACAAGACUCAGUACCUCUUCAGCAAGGGGACCUUUCUCCAAGUAGCCGCCGAUCCACGCACGUCUGCAAGCGAGGUCUUUCGACUUUCACCAAGUUGAAGGCAUUGAUUUUUUCACUAUAG